AUGGAAUUACUGUCUGUUAUUUCCCGUUGGUUUAGAGAAUUCAAACGUGGACGGGUAAGUGUUAGCGACGAUCCCAGGGUGGGUGCACCAAAAACAGCAGUCACCCAGAAAAACGUCGAUGCUGUGCGCAAACUUAUCAUUGAAGAUAGACAUGUAACAUAUCGCGAGAUUGAGGCGUCCGUGAAGAUCUCAAAGACCUCAAUUCAAAAAAGUUUAUAUGAAGUAUUAGGAGUAAGAAAAUUAGUUUCUCGUUGGAUACCCCACCUGUUGACUGAAGAGCAGAAAGCACCCAGGGUUAAUUGGUGUCAAAAAACGCUUGACCGUUUCAAUUCCGGAAAUUCAAAAAAUGUGUACAGCAUUGUUAGUGGUGAUGAAUCGUGGAUUUACUGUUAUGAACCAGAAAAUAAACGACAGUCGGCUGUUUGGGUGUUUCAAGGUGAAGAAAAGCCAACAAAAGUCAACCGUUCUCGAAGUGUUUCGAAAAUUUGUCAAAGAACUGUUACUGCGAAUUGGUAUACCACCAUUUGUUUGCCAAAAGUCAUCACCGAGCUUCGAAAAAUCAACACCGAGAGAAGAAUCAUCCUCCACCAAGACAAUGCAAGCUCGCACACAGCCCAAAAAACAAGGCAGUAUUUAACGGAAGAAAACGCGGAAUUAUUAGACCAUCGUCCAUAUAGUCCCGAUCUAAGUCCUAACGAUUUCUUAACUUUCUCGAAAAUUAAAAACAGACUGCGUGGUCAAAGGUUCCAGUCACCAGAGGAAGCAGUUGACGCAUUCAAAGAUGCCGUUUUGGAUUUGCCAACAAGCGAGUGGAAUAAGUGCUUCGAAAAUUGGUUCGAGCCCAUCGUGGAGAAUACUUCGAAAAACAAUAAAGUCAUUUAA